UUGAACAUUGCUAUAUCUGAUAAAUUAUAUAGUAGCACUACAAACAAAUGGGAACCGCCGUCGCCGUCGCGACUACCGCCAUUAAUGGCCCUUAUCACUCCUUCAAAAUCAUGCAUAAACGAUUGUACCUCAACCGCGCAUUUUCUCUUAUUUACAUCUUUGCCAUUUUGGCUCUAUUUUAUUACCAUAUAAUAAAAUUAUUUAGUUCUAAUAAUUUCAUUUUAGUUACCAUAAUUAACCUUUGCAUGUUAAUCUCUGACAUAAUUUUAGCUUUCAUGUGGUUUACUUCUCAAUCUUUCCGCACGCGCCCUAUAGCGCGUGAGGAGUUCCCCGAAAUGCUCGAAAAUUUCGAGGGUUUUCCCCCGCUGGAUGUUUUUAUUUGCACGGCGGAUCCUUAUAGGGAGCCGCCGGGUAAUGUGGCCAACAUGGCUCUGUCUGUGUUGGCGUAUGAUUACCCAACAGAGAAGCUCUCAAUUUACGUGUCGGAUGACGGGGGAUCAGAGCUUACUCUGUUCGCUCUCGCGGAGGCCGCGAGAUUUGCAAAACACUGGUUGCCAUUUUGUAGGGAAAAUGGAGUAGUGAAAAGGUGUCCGGAUGCAUAUUUCAGUUCUGAUAAUUUCGUAAAAAAUUCUCAGUCUCAUAAAAUUAAGAUGAUGUACGAAAAUAUGAUUUCGAGAAUAAGUAAUGUGGUGGAGAGAGGAAAAGUAAAUAAAGAAUAUAUUAGCAAAAAGGAUGAACAUCAAGCUUAUACCAAAUAUUCAUCUGAUAAAUUUUCUACCAAUCAUCAUCCAUCUAUUAUUCAGGUUUUAUUGGCUAACAACAAAGACGAAGACAUUACAGAUGUUUUUAUGCCAAAUCUUGUCUAUAUUUCUAGGCAAAAAAGCAAAACUUACCCUCACUAUUUCAAAGCUGGGGCACUUAAUGUUCUGCUUCGAGUAUCGCGAAUCAUGACAAAUGGGCCUAUAAUCUUAACAUUGGAUUGUGACAUGUACUCCAAUGAUCCAUCAACUCCUAAACGGGCUUUAUGUUACUUCUUGGACCAAACUUUGUGGCCCAAUUUAGCCUAUGUUCAAACACCGCAACGAUUUCAUGGGCUUAAUUGGGCCGAUAUCUAUGCAAGUGAGUUCAGAACUAUAGGCCGAAUGAAUCCAUUGGGUAUGGAUGGGCUUUGUGGCCCAAAUCACAUGGGUACAGGGUGCUUCUUUCGACGUCGGGCUUUCUUUGGUGGCCCAUCAUCAUUUGUGCAGCCAGAAAUCAUUUCAGGUCGUGUCGCGAACAAGCCCAUUGAGGCCCAAACUAUUCUAGAGCAAGCUCAUCAAGUGGCAAGUUGCAAUUAUGAGAACCAAACUAGUUGGGGUUACAAGAUGGGCUUUCGAUAUGGAUCAUUAGUGGAGGAUAUUCACACUGGCUAUCACCUUCAUUGUGAAGGUUGGAAAUCAAUAUUUUGCAACCCUAAAAGGCCAGCAUUUUUAGGACAUGUACCUUUAUCACUCAAUGAUGUGGUUAUUCAAAUAAAGAGAUGGGCCAUGGGCCUCCUUGAAAUAGCUUUCUCCAAAUAUAGCCCAAUUAUAUUUGGUAUGUGGCAUUUGGGCCCAAUAAUGGCCCAAUGUUACACUCAUUAUGCAUUUUGGCCCAUUUAUGCCAUACCCUUAACUCUCUAUGCUUUCGUUCCUCAGCUCGCUCUUCUAUGUGGAGUUCCCAUUUUCCCAAAGAUUUCUAGUCCAUGGUCUUUGUUGCCUAUUUUUCUAUUUAUUGGAGCAUACAUGCAAGAUUACUUUUUAAAUUUUGCAUCAACACAAGGGUCAUUGCAAAGGUGGUGGAGUGAUCAAAGAAUGUGGAUUAUAAGAGGAUUAUCACCCUUUCCAAUUGGAAUUAUUGAGUACUUAAUGAAAUGUUUGGGUUUAGUCACACAAAGAUUCAACGUAACGAGUAAAGUAGUCGAUUCUGACCAGGGUACAAGAUACGAUCGAGGAAUUAUAGAGUUUGGGGUUGCUUCGCCGAUGUUUGUGCCACUAACAACAUCAUCAAUUGUCAAUUUAAUGGCAUUGUUCAAAGCAUUAUUGAGUUUUUACAAAGGGGAAAACUUUGAUGGAUUAUUACUUCAAACUCUUAUUGCUUGUUUUGGAGUUAUAAAUUGUUUGCCAAUAUAUGAAGCUAUGGUUAUUAGAGUUGAUAAAGGAAGGAUGCACAACAAGAUUACUAUAAUAUCUAUAAUUUUAGCUUUGUAUCUUUACAUUGCUAUAUCCUAUUUUCUUGUAGGACAUAUGUAACAUCGAGAUAAGCAUUCAGUAUCCCUCGAACUACGACCAAAGUUGCUGCGACACACUCCAAUUUCACAAGAGUCCUCUUACCCCCUGAAAUCAAUUUUAGCGUAUUUUUAUCGCCCUUUUGUGCCACGUCAGCUAAAAAAAAUGACAAGAAUACACUAAAAUUUAGUUCAGGAGGUGACAGGAUCCUCGUGAAGUUGGAGCGUGUCAUAACAAAUUUGGUCAUAGUUCAGGCGGUACUAGGUGUUAAUAUCGUAUAUUUUUUUUUUUUUUACCUCGUGGUCGUACCUUCCUCGGACCUCACAUAGGGUUGGCCUUUAGUUUUCUUACUUAUUUUUACUGUUUGUAACGUGAAUAAAGGACUAGUUCUUACUAAAUAAAUUUAAUG